AAAACUUAAAUUAGCAGAAAGUCAAACAGCUAUUGCUGGAGACAGAUGAUUACAGCUCAUUUCAAGGCUGCUUCCUGCAUGCCAAUGAUAGAUCAGUAAACAAACGCCUCUCUGCAAACACAAAGCAGGCAGGAACUCUGUUUGGAAGAGAGAGGUCGGGGUAGGUCUCACUCUGCUCAGUGGCAGGAAGCCCCUAUCACAUGGCCCUGGGAAUCGUGAGGCCGGGUGCGAGGAGAGGCUUCUGCUGUGAGACUUCACAUCCUUCCCAGAGCCCCGCCAGCAGGUUCGAGAGUUCCCUCUCCUCCCUCUUCCCUCCCGCCUCCUCCCCUGUCCUUCCUUUCCCAGUUUAAUUUUGAAACGGUAUCAGAUGACUGCUUUGUUCCCCCAGACAAUGGCAGGGAUUACUGAAUAAAUUUCAGUGGUGGGGCUCCUCAAAUGGGGCUUGGCAUCUUCUCUCCCCUUUUACGGCCCUGCUGCUCCGGGUGUACGUGCCAGGAGCGGUGGCUCUGGGCUCGGGCUGCGGCUCUGGGCUCGGCUCUGCCUCAUGUUGCGUAGCAGAGAGUUCGUGUGUGGCUCGUGCGGAAAGCUGCAGUAGGUCAAAAGGGACCUGCUUGGUGUACAUCUGUCCUUCUCAGGUCAUCUGCAGGCUGGACUCGGCCCUGCCUGUGUUCCUCUAGGCAGUUUCAGUUCCCUGGUCACACUGCCCAUGGGGCAGGAAAGCAGAUAACACUUCUGAGCUUCUAGCUGCUCUCUUUUCCCCACUGUCCUCCCUCUUUCUCUCCUGUCCACACACCCCCAUCUCCUCCCUUGUACCAGGUCAGGUGUGUUGGAUCCUGUCCGUGAGCUGCUUCGACUAAAUUGGUUGUUUAGUUAAAGCAGGUCACCAAGGGGCUCCAAAGAGGCAGCACGCAGUCAGGGUGGUGUGAUGGAUCAGAGCAGAGCUGUGGGCAGACGGGAGGAGCAGGAGCUCCCCUUGCCCUUAGCAGUGAGCAGUCGUGUUAGCUCAGGGUGCCUUGUGGAGCCAGACCUGGGCAGAGAAGCUGUACCCUUUGUUUCCCUGCUGGAGGUGGUUCGCCAUCCCUGCUGUCCCAGCUUCCUCCUGUCAGGCUCUGGGAACGGCUGCGGGCCCGGCCUGCAAGUACAGCAGCACGCGUUUGCUCAUAGCCACGUGAGGGUUUUCAGGCCAGGCUCUGUUCAGGGUCUGUAGAUGAAGGCUGAGAGGUGGAGUUUCUGGAUCAGAAGUUAUGUGGUCUUACCAAGGUAGAGGAGCUCAGCACAAGCAAAAGUUCGGUGUGGUGACGGCAUGAGGGCGGCCGUGUGUAUGUCGACUCCUGCUGCUGUCAGAUUUCUUACCACUGAGGGCAGUGCCGAGGCGCACCACUCACUGACCCUGCUGUGCAGCACGGUUUAGUCUUUACUUAUUCAAGUAAAGACCAUCCCUGCUCCGAGGAAGGUGUAAGCCAAGUGCAAAACAACCUCUGUUGCCGCUUUGCGGGGAUCUGCUCUGGUUGCCUGGGUGAGUCAUCCUUUGGACAGGGACACGAGCGGUCAUUAGUUUUUCAUUAUCCUCAGUCCAUAACAGUUAAUGGAUGGAUGAAUAGAUUUUGUUCCUCGGGCUGGUAAAUUUUCUUGACAAUUUUGCAAGGCUGCUCUGUGUCUAGAAGUGAAACGGGUGUUUGUUCCACUUACUAAUGAGGAAGAGAAGCCAAGGGGGCUUAUUGUCUGGGGGGAGAGAGCCUGCUGAAUGGUUAGCCAUGGACUGCCCUGCAUGUGUACACACUGAGUUGACCCAGAGUUCACUCCUCAUCUUAGAGUGUUGCCAGUGGGGGAUAAAAGGAGGGAGAGAAAACUGGAAACAAACAAGACAGAUUUUUUUUUUCUUUCUCUCUGCCCAAAGUACUUGAACAGUGGAAAUGAGAGAUUCUUUUGUUCUUCAGUGUUUUGGUAUGACUUCUUUUUUUUUUUAACUGCAAGAACCUACUGAACUUCCCAAGGCACUCAGUCUUGUUGCCAAACACUGGGCAUGGUGGAGUAGCAUCUGGCAGAGCAGCUGAGUGGAUAGAUUUGAGAGGCUUCAGAUUUUCCAAGUGGUGCGUAUUAUAUGGUGAGCCCCUCCUUGUCAUGGAAACACUGCAGAGCAGGCAGACUACCUAGACAAGUAAGAAAAUGGUGCUACAGAGUACCAGUCCUCUUUUCUACGGAGUGAGAGUAUUGUGGGGCAAUAAAAAGAGGAAGGAGCCUGUUGUAUUGACUGUGCAGCAGCAGUAUGCAGAGGAAAAAGAGGGAUGGACUUGCUCCAUGACUACUAGAAAUCAUGAGGCAAACAGAAUGACUCGUUUUUGUGACCGAUUUAUCUUGUUCCACAAGCUGCUGUCCUCUGAAAGCAGGUCAUUAGCAGCCUGACGUGACCCACAAAGAGAAUAGUGUAAGGUGAACUGCUGCCUGGCUGUGUGCUGACAUGAUGACAGCUAGCAAGGCGGCCGAUGUGAGCAGCAAGACUGAAAGCAGUGUCUGCAAGUCCAUUGAGAGGAUCAAGCUUGCGGAUAAAAACAAUACAGCAGCUGUGAAGAAAUUAGAAAGACUUUUGUGUGGAUUUUCAAGUGAGAGAUGUUCUGAAGGUGCCUCUGUCACCCUGAGUUUAACGCCUGAAGCUGAACCAGUUUCUUGUGUGGUGAAGAACCCACUUGGAGCCUUGGAGAACUUGAUGCUGGAUCCAAAACUAGACUGCUUUCAGCAGAACAUGCUUAGUCCCAAAAUGAUCAUCAGCGACCCAUCUGUGGAUCUGAACGUUAAAGAAAACAGUAAAAUCAUCAGGAGGCAGAUAGGAGGUACUCAGAACAUACGGUCACCUGGAAAAAUUGGCUUGAGGAAUAAGUCCUUUAGCAUUAAGGACAAAAUUUCAGAGUGGGAAGGGAAAAAGGAAACGCAGUCUGCUCCUCGCCGAGAGGAGGAGCAAGGAGCUAAAGAGGAGCACAAAAUACCCUGUGUAGUUGAGAAGACGAGUGGAGAAGCACUGGUGACUCGGAAAGUGGAGGCCAAGAGGCUUAUGAGCUGGGAACUGGAGUGCAAAGGGGCAGGCAAAGAGAAUGAGCGGAAAGCAGGAACUCCAAAAGGGCAGGGAGCAGAGCGAAAGGGGGAAACAGAGAAGGAUGGGGAAGUGGAAUCCGGCAUUGGAAAAUGCAGGGAAGUGAAAGGUGGGAAGUGGGAGGUCCAGAAGGAGAACGUUUCAGUGCUUAGUCAGGUCAAGAAGCUAGAGCAGGCUUUGAAAGAUGGCUCAGCAGAGCUGCAGCCGCAGUUGCCUGGUACUUACUACUCCCCACAGUGCUUGCAGGAGAAGGCAGCACAAGGACACGCUGCUCCAGAGGGCCAUGAGAGCAUAUGUGGGGCUGAGCUCAACAAAAGACUUCUUGGCUUGGACUCUGAAAUCAAUGAGCCAAUUUUUGGGACUCUAGAAGAGGUAAGAACUUCUCAUGCGAAAUCCAAGGACUGCAAUGUGGAAAAUGUCUACACAGAGCCAGGGGUGCCAGAGAAGAAACCCUUUAUCAACCCGCUGCCAAAGCCCCGUCGGACUUUCAAACAUGAGGGGGAAGAGGACUGGGUGCCAGCAGCUAGGAAUAAAAGGAACUUACCCCCUCUGCCAUCUAUUCCUCCUCCUCCUCUCCCCUCCUCACCUCCCCCGUCAGCUGUCAGCAGGAGGCUCUGGAGUGGGAAGCACAAGAACAACGCUGACCACAGGAAGUCCUAUGAGUUUGAAGACUUGCUGCAGUCAUCAUCUGAGAACGGCAGGGUGGACUGGUACGCGCAGACCAAGCUGGCCCUCACACGCACUUUAUCUGAGGAGAACGUCUAUGAAGACAUACUGGAUCCACCAUCAAAGGAAAACCCUUAUGAAGACAUUGAGACCAACAGCCGCUGUUUGGGGAAGAAAUGCGUCCUGACCUUCCCAGCAUCCCCCACCUCUUCAGUACCUGGGACUCCCACUAAGUUGCUUUCCAAGCCCAUUUUUUUCCGACAAAACUCAGAGCGGCGGAGUUUCAAACUGCCAGAUAUACGGAAACUGAGCCGCGAUGGAACUGGGUCGCCAUCCAAAAUCAGCCCUCCCUCAACCCCCAGCAGUCCAGACGACACCUUCUUCUCCUUGGGAGACCCUCAGAAUGGCAAGAGGAGAAGGAAGAUUCCCAAGCUUGUGUUGAAAAUCAAUGCCAUUUAUGAGGCACGGAGGGGAAAGAAACGUGUCAAGAGACUAUCGCAGUCUACAGAGAGCAAUUCAGGGAAAGUUACAGAUGAAAACAGUGAAUCAGACAGUGAUACUGAAGAGAAACUGAAAGCUCACAGCCAGCGCCUGGUCCAUGUGAAAUCUCGCCUGAAACAAACCCCGCGGUACCAAACCUUGGAACGGGACCUGAUCGAGUAUCAAGAGAGGCAGCUGUUCGAGUACUUUGUUGUGGUGUCGUUGCACAAGAAGCAGGCUGGAGCCACCUACGUCCCUGAAGUUACCCAGCAGUUCCCACUGAAGCUUGAACGCUCGUUCAAAUUCAUGCGUGAGGCAGAAGAUCAGUUGAAAGCUAUUCCCCAGUUUUGCUUUCCUGAUGCAAAGGACUGGGCCCCCAUCCAUCAGUUUGCCAGUGAGACGUUCUCAUUUGUCCUGACAGGGGAAGAUGGAAGCAGGCGUUUUGGAUACUGUAGGAGGCUGCUGCCCAGUGGGAAAGGGAAGCGUCUCCCAGAAGUUUACUGCAUUGUGAGUCGCCUCGGAUGCUUCAAUCUCUUCUCUAAGAUCUUGGAUGAGGUUGAGAAGAGACGGGGCAUUUCCCCAGCCUUGGUGCAGCCUCUCAUGAGGAGUGUCAUGGAGGCACCUUUCCCAGCCUUGGGCCGGACAAUUACAGUCAAGAACUUCUUGCCGGGCUCAGGAACAGAGGUAAUUGAGCUGCGGCGGCCUCUUGACUCCAGGCUUGAGCAUGUUGAUUUUGAGUCCUUGUUCACAUCCCUCAGCGUGCGGCACCUGAGCAGGGUCUUCGCCUCCCUGCUCCUUGAAAGGAGGGUGAUCUUUAUCGCAGACAAGCUCAGCACGCUCUCCAAGUGUUGCCACGCCACGGUGGCCCUCCUGUACCCCUUCACCUGGCAGCACACCUACAUCCCCGUGCUGCCGCCUUCCAUGAUCGACAUCGUGUGCUCGCCCACCCCCUUCCUCAUCGGCCUGCUCUCCAGCUCCCUGCCCCGCCUGAAGGAGCUCCCGGUGGAGGAGGUCCUCGUCGUUGACCUUGUGAAUAACCGGUUUCUGAGACAGAUGGAAGAUGAGGACUCCAUCCUGCCCCGGAAGCUGCAGGCCGCCCUAGAGCACAUCUUGGAGCAGAGGAAUGAGCUGGCGAGUGACAAGGAGGAGGGCGCCGUGAAUGGCAAGCAGGAGACCAGCCCGCUGAACGAGGUGGUGUCCGAGGCCUUUGUCCGUUUCUUCGUGGAGAUCGUGGGCCACUACUCCCUCUUCCUGACCCCCAGUGAGCGAGAGGAGCGGACGCUGCAGCGCGAGGCCUUCCGCAAGGCCGUCUCCUCCAAGAGCCUCCGCCGCUUCCUGGAGGUCUUCAUGGAGACGCAGAUGUUCGGGGGCUUCAUCCAGGAGCGGGAGCUGCGGAAGCAGGGGGUCAGAGGUCUGUUUGAGGUACGGGCUCAGGAGUACCUGGAAACGCUUCCCAGUGGGGAGCAGAGUGGAGUCAAUAGGUUCCUGAAAGGACUAGGUAGCAAAAUGAAAUUCCUCCACAAAAAGUAAGCGCGAAGCACGUCCUCGUUCCGCAGAAGAGAAUGGCUUUACCAUUCAUCAGCAACCAAUCAGACGUAUCAACCGUUCCCAUUCGGCCUGUUCCCAGGGGCCGACAGCCUCGGGCGAGCUGACCACGGCCGGGAUGCGCGCGCAGACAUGCGGUGCCACGGGAGGAUUCGCUGGCCGCGGGGCUGCCGGGACAGGUCUCUGGAUAUCCACAGUACCAUGCACUGGACCAAGCACUCUCUGAACUCUGCGCUAGCACGUUGCAGACAUCCCAGCGGAUCGGAUCUCUUAGCUAGUCAACUUUUUGUUUUGUUGUAUUUUUCUAUUUAUAUCGGGGUUAGAACGAAUAUUAACCGAUGCCUCUUGCCCUGCCUCCUCUCCGCCUGGUGCUGCAGGAGGCCGCAGUGGGACUCCGCGAGGCUGAGCUGGCAGAGCUCCAACACCGAGGAGGGGAGGAGCAGAGGAGUGUGGACAUAGGUCUCCGCAAAGUGAGGACACUGGGGACCGCAGGGCUGAUGUGGACUGACCAGGAGGAGCUUCUGAGCAAGCGGAAGGGGUGAGGGGGAACCACUAAACCUACUGAGGACUUGAUCGUCCAGCCAGCCACCGGGCUGCCUGUGCCAGGGGGUCCUGGCGAGGAGAGGCCUUUCCUUAUGCAAUGUAAUUAAAAACAAGUGGUGUAAAAGG